AUGAGACAAUACCGGGAUGUGUUACAGAAGUUGUUGACUUCGCUAGAUCGGUGGGAGCUGACCCAAGACCUGCUAUCCAAAAUCGCCCAAGGCACUGAAGAUCACCUAAGCUAUGUGUCAAAGAUAGCCAAAAUAAUCGACGUCGACGCACCCAACAUUAAGAAGGACAAGGUCCUAGCUGUAAUGCCAGCCCUGGAUGAAUGGAUGCAGGAGAUGAUCCAUUAUAAGGAACAAUGUCUUACCCCACAAGACCCCCUAAGAGCACGAAAGAUAAUGGCCAUGGCCCCGUCUUACCGGAUAAUCGAAGGAAAAUUAUUUAAACUAUCCUUCGGAGGGCCCAUGCUCCGAUGCUUAACGAGGGCAGAAGUGGACAAAGUCAUCACAGAAAUUCACGAAGGGAUCGUAUCCGACAACAAGCAGUUCGACAAUCAGGACUUUGCUCGUUUCUGCGCCUAUUACGGGGUGGAGCAUAUCAAGGUAGCAGUGGCAUACCCUCAAGCCAAUGGUCAGGUGGAGAACGCCGAGCGUACCAUCCUGGACGGCAUUAAGAAGAGAGUUGAAGCAACCGGGUCUACCUAG